AUGAAGUCUACUACUCUGAUCACUUCCCUCGUCCUGGGUGUGCUGCCCGGCGUCAUUGCCGCUCCCCCUGGCUUUGAGCCCGAAAAUAUCGUCCCCAUCGUCGGCCGAGCUCUGCCCGAUGCUCCCGAUGGCUACACCCCGACCUCCGUCAGUUGCCCGGCGAGUCGUCCGAGUGUGCGUAGCGCCGCGGAGCUCUCUUCCAAUGAAACGGACUGGCUGAAGACUCGACGUGAAAAAUCCCUGGAUGCGAUGAAGGACUUUUUGGCCAUGUCAAGGUUGCACAAGAGCAAUGCCUCCAACCUGCCCAACAUCGGUAUUGCCGUGUCGGGUGGUGGAUACCGUGCUUUGAUGUGUGGUGCCGGUGCCAUCAAGGCCUUCGAUAGCCGAACCGAGAAUGCGACCACAAGCGGCCAUUUGGGCGGUCUGCUCCAGUCUGCUACCUACGUCGCUGGUCUCAGUGGUGGUAGCUGGCUGCUUGGUUCUAUCUACAUCAAUAACUUCACCACUAUCGAUCAGCUGCAGUCUGGCCCUGUCUGGGAGUUUGAAAAUUCCAUCUUGGAGGGCCCGGAUACCGGUGGUCUGCAGAUCUUGGAUUCCGCCAGUUAUUACAAGGAUAUUGCCGAGGCAGUUGAGGGAAAGAAGAAGGCCGGUUUUGACACCACUAUCACGGAUAUUUGGGGCCGCGCUCUUUCGUACCAAAUGUUCAACUCUAGCAACGGUGGCUUGGACUACACUUGGUCCUCUAUUGCUAAGACCUCCGAUUUCCAGGACGGCAACUAUCCGAUGCCCCUGGUCGUGGCUGACGGCCGCAACCCGGGUGAACUUGUUGUUGGCAGCAACUCGACCGUGUACGAGUUUAACCCCUGGGAGUUCGGAACCUUCGACCCAACGAUCUACGGCUUUGUUCCUCUGGAAUUCCUGGGUUCGCGCUUUGAUGGCGGCUCUCUCCCGCAGAACGAAAGCUGCAUCAGCGGCUAUGAUAGUGCUGGAUUCGUGAUCGGAACUUCGUCGACUCUAUUCAACCAGUUCCUUCUCCAGAUCAACACAACCUCCCUUCCCAGUUUUGUGAAGGAUGUCUUCACCGAUAUUCUUUUCAGCCUCGACCAGUCCGACAACGAUAUCGCCUCCUACGACCCUAAUCCUUUCUACCACUACAACAACGACUCUUCCCCGUACGCCAAGCAAACGGCUCUGGAUGUCGUUGACGGUGGUGAGGAUCUGCAGAACAUCCCCCUGCACCCGCUCAUCCAGCCUGAACGCCACGUCGAUGUCGUCUUCGCUGUUGAUGCUUCCGCGGAUAACACUUGGAGCUGGCCCAACGGCACGGCUCUCGUGGCCACUUACGAGCGUAGCCUGAACAGCUCCGGUAUUGGUAACAACACUGCAUUCCCCGCUAUUCCCGACGUCAACACCUUCAUCAACCUGGGCCUGAACUCUCGCCCUACCUUCUUCGGCUGCAACAGCUCCAACAUGACCGGACCCGCUCCCAUCAUUGUCUAUCUCCCCAACUCGCCCUACACUACUUUUUCGAAUGAGACGACCUUCACCUUGACGACUGACAACGAUGUCCGCGAUGAUAUCAUUGCCAACGGCUACGAAGUCGCAACCAUGGCGAACAGCACUCGUGACGGCAACUGGACUGCUUGUGUUGGAUGUGCUAUCCUCAGUCGCUCCUUCGAGCGAACUGGUACAACCCUGCCUGACAUUUGCAACACUUGCUUCAGCAACUACUGCUGGGACGGUACUCUGAAUUCCACCAACCCGAGCACCUACGCUCCUUCGGUUCUCAUUGCGCAAGCUGACAAUUCGGCUAUUGCGGGACUUGUUCCCGGCAUGCUUUCCACUGUCAUUGCGGCCUCCGUCGCUCUUUCAACUCUCGUCUAG